AUGGCGGCCAUCCGCGGCCACACGGCCGCCGUCCGCACUCUCCUCGCCUACCACGAUGACCCCCAGCAACCGGAACUAGAGCUGGAUGUUAUCAUCAAACAUGGCGGGGAGACCGCGCUCCUAGCCGCCGUCGGCAGGACCACGCUGAGAUCGUCACCAUGCUCUUCGAACGCGGCGCUUCCCUGGGAACCAACGGCCCUCCUCCGACUGGUUGUCAAUCGCGACGAGAUUGACCUGAAUCGAAUCUAUCAAGGCGAGACCGCCCUCGGCCUGGCGGUAGAGAGGAACGACGACCUCCUAGCGGCUAUCCUGUUGGCGGAUCCGCGUGUACUUCCUGAUCUUACCUUGAAUGAUGGCGGCGAGACCCCGCUGAUGCGGGCAAUUCUGAAGAACAAUGAAAGAAUGACCCAGCUCCUGCGCGAUGCCGGCGCCAAUCCGCGGAUUAUGAAUCGGUGA